CCCCAACAUCGCAAAAAUCAAGGUAGACUACCGUUGCCAAUACCGAAUACCCUAGAUCUAGCUAGCUACUACGGUAGUGCUACGAGUACUCUGUACCCGUACACUGUACUGCUACCAAAGAGUACGGAAUGGUACCGAUAGCGGUACCACCGGUAGGUUGUUGAGCUCCGAAGUGUUAGGCCUCACAAAUUUCGAUCUGCUCCAAAGCGACAUCAAGAUCUCUAAUCAGUCCAACUCUCAUUCUUUCUGCAAAACUCAUCACCAACAUGAAUAACUUCUACCACCUUGCAAGCCUUGGAAAGAACGGCAACAAAGCGCCUCUCGCAAUGGAUACUGUGUCUGAAGCCCAAUGGCCAGGCCUUGCGGCUUCAAGCCUCGCAUCGCUUUCUGGAUUGAACAGUUUGAGCCGCAAUCGCAGUUUGGUGGAUUCCCUCUUGUUAAAGGCAAGAGGUCCUUCCCAGAUCGAAAACGUCUUCAUGGGAAGUUUGCAUGCAAAGGCAGCGUCCCAACAGCGCGGAGCGGACUUUUCUUCCUUGUUGACGCCGCCUUUUCCACUCUUGGAUGUGCCUUCGCAACGCUCAGGUCCCAGCGCCCUGAGCCUUGCGCUGGCUCCUGAUCACGGCAUCCCCUCCAGAGACCUGUCUCGCACCUCCGUAGCACCAACAGAGAUGUCUCGCACUGCCAGUCUGGCGUUGUUGCGAAGCUCACUCCAAACAAGACGCGCGGAACGCCUCGCCGAAGCUCUCAAGUUGCAACGCGAAGAAGCAGAAGUGGCCCGGGCCAUCGCUAUCUCGUCCCAGUUUGAUGCUCCCGCCAGAAAGCGCUCCUUCAGUUUGGCUGCGAUGCAAGAACCCAUGUUCCCCUCAACAGCAGCAGGAGCUUUCGACGCACCUCUUGCUCCACCAGCAAUGAAAAAGCAACGUCGCGAGGGCUCCUUCCUCUGUGCCCAACUUCCAUCCAGGGGCAGUCAGCAAUCGUUCUCUCCUAUCCCAAGAAGUGAACGAUUGGUGACAGAACCAUCAUCAAAGAUGAAUCUUUCUCCUGUUACCACUCCCUCCGAAUCCUCCACUUCCUCCUCCAACAACUCAAAGCUCCUCUCCAUGGCAUGCGAUGAGGAAAGCUUGACGCCAUAUCAAUGUCUUGCACGAAAACAAAUCGAAAUCUUUGCCGCUGAAAAGAAAGAUGUUGAUGCCAAGGGAAGAAAUCGGUCCAUUGUCCAAGGCCAAGUUGGAAUUCGCUGCAUCCACUGCGCACACUUGCCCGCCCGGGAACGCAGCAAGGGAUCUACGAUCUACCCAUCCAAGCUGGAAGGAAUCUACCAAGCGGCCCAAAACAUGGCCAACUCUCACAUUUCCAAAUACUGCCAGAACAUCCCCGUGGAGACUCGUGACAAGCUACUGGCUUCCGGAAACAAAAAGUCAUCCGCAGGCGGUGGUAAAGAGUACUGGAGUACUGGUGCAAAGAUUCUGGGAGUUGGUGAAAACGAUCAUGGACUUUGCUUCCUCCAAGCUGCAUCCUCCGACUCGUGAGAAGCAAGACGAGCAACCUACAGCAGACAAACAAAACAUGACAUACAGCAGCGUACCAACUAGAUGUAAUGAUUGAAAUAUAUAAUUUUAUAAUUCCCAAAUAUCUUCCACGGCAUCUUUGCUUCACGGAAGAGUUGU